CUGGGUCCGUCAAAUCUCAGCAUGAGAGUCCGGAGUUGGUAACAUUGUCGGAGUGUGCGGCCCGGCGUCUCGCAGCGUCUCACACGUGUGAGACGGGCGGUUCCUCGAAGGGCGUUCAUGCGUCAGUGAUUCGACAGCGAAGGAUUUCCCUGGUGACCGCCACAAGGCCUGCGAGCGUUGGUUAUCGGAGUCCACGAGCAGUUUGCCGCCAUACAUAUCGCAGCCCAUCUGGGCGCUGUGCAGGUCAGUCACUGCGGCCACCCUCCCCCCGCUCUGACCGAUGCACCGCCAUCCUCAUCGCUGAUUCCCAAGCUGACCCGUGCCCGCCAUGCUAGCAGCAUUACAGCACGGUGAGCGUCUCAUCGCGCGGCAGACGCUCUCGCUCGUGCCCUCCAGUGCGCUCCCAGGGUCUGUGCUGUCCAUAACCAGGCCCGACCCGACAAACACGAACACCGACUCGGGGUCGCCAACCUUGCCCUUGAGUACGUCGUUGAUCUCGACCGGCAGCGGCUCAUCGACGUCUACGCCCCCCGCUUCCUCUGCCUCCUCGUCCCUUCCUGGAUCUUCUACGUCCUCGUACCCUGCGUCCUCGGUUCCCACGACCAGCAACGUCAUGUCAUCCACAUCCGAGACCUCUUCCAGCGCGAGCACCUCCCCCACCAGCGUUGUCCUGGUCGGCUCACAUGUCAAGACGGGUGCCGUCAUCGGCGGUGUGAUUGGUGGAGUUGUCUUCGUGCUCCUGGUCAUCGCAGGGCUGCUCCUCUACUUGCGUAUUCGGCGCCAGAUACCCGGUCGCUCGCGCCGCCGCUCUAUGGGCGAAUUCGACUCGGGGCGACCGGCAGGCCAAUACGCUGGUCUGUCCUCGCGGAACGGCACCUUUGAAGCCGUCGCCGUCCCCCCUCGAUCGCAUCAGCGGUCGGGCUCGCGUUCGUAUCCCCAGGCCGACUCGUUGGGCAUGAUCGUCACCCCGACGACCAGCAGCGCAGGGCACGAUACAUCGCCAUUCGAUGAGGCGGUUGUCAAGGAGGGACAGAAGCCCCGUGCUGGACGCCGCCGAUCAGAGUACAUCGAGACCGUCCCGCCGCUCGAUUACGCACCGCAGGCUACCGAGACCUCGCCGCGCCGUGCACGCAAGCCAUCGAACGGAUCGAGCACGCGGGCUGUCGCCCUCGCGAAGCUGAACACCAGCACCGCGAACAACAGUACGUCGACCACUGCCACGGCGUCGUCAAGACACUCUCGGCAGCGCUCGAUGGAUCGGAGUGCGUACGCGGGGGCGGGCAGCAGUAUUCCGUCCACGCCGACCGCGGUGUCGCACACGCACACCCGGGGUACGCCCAGCAGCCCGACGAGCCCGGUCAGCCCGUACGCGGCCGAACCGAUGAGUCGGAGCACGUCGACGAACGUCGGCGCGGUGCGCCGGAACCCGACGCGCAAGCCCGUCCCGUCGUACCAUUCCAGCGCCUCCGCCGCGUCCACGGAGAAACGGCAGUCCACCUCGAGCACGCCCGCGCAGAGCCUCACGCCCGCGCACUCGCGCGAGGACCUGGACGGCCGCCGGUUCACCGCCCCGGACUUGAACCACAAGUCGAGCUUCGGCGACGCCCGCCCUGUACACUAUCUCGUGCCGGACCUCCCUCCCUCCGCGCGCAAGUGAGGGCCGGUGUAAAAUGUACCAGUAGCAGUGUGGUGCGUCUUGCCGAGUGUGCUGGUGAUGGACCGGUGGACUGAUCGUGCGCAGCAGUGUAGGUUGUCGCGCUUGCUUUUAUCGUUAUCCUUCGAAUUUCGCAGCUUGCUUUGUUUUCGUUGCCAGGACGGUUUAGGAACACCUCUUCGCCUAAUUCUCGCUGUGGCCUUCGGUGGCCAUCAGCCCUUGCUGUCGUCGUACGUAGGUACCGACGCUGAUCACCCUUUUCGUGCCGCUAGAUGCCUACGCCUCCCCCGUCACCCCCAGCCCUUGCCCCUGCCGUCCUACGGCUAUCUAUGCAUGUACCCAUCUACAGCAUCUAGUUGCUGAUGUAGUUGCUUCUUCACGCCUUACGACUUGUUGUAAUGACAUACGAAUCACCUACCCACUUCGACCGCAGACGCGCAGUACUGUGUAUGGGCGCGGGGCGCGCCCACAUUGGUGG